CCUCACAGUACUCAAAUGGUUGCAGUGUAGCUACUACACUACCUCUAGUGGAGAAGACAAAGUUGUAGUAGUAGACAACCAUGGCGAGUAGAAUACCGAGAGCUGAAACUGAGUCAGAAACAGAGACCGAGUCAGAAUCGCUUGAUGAAUCGUCCCAAAAUCAGAUCCUGAAAUUUUUACAGGACCUUCCAGAUGUUCCAAUGGGAAAACUUUCACCUCAUCUCGAAUUUCAGAGAACUCGAUGUGAAUUGAAGGCCGAUGCUCCCAUUCAUACUGAUACCUUACAGUACUCUGGUGCUUAUGCAUCUGUUGGUUAUGAUAACAGUACUCGGUUAGAUAAUUUCUGCGACAAUUUUAAAGUUAAGGUUAUUCGAUUGACAGAGGAAGAUAUGGAGUUUGAUAUGAUUGGUAUCGAUCCAGCACUUGCAAAUGCGUUUCGGCGAAUCCUUAUAGCUGAGGUUCCAACAAUGGCUAUUGAGAAAGUUCUCAUUGCAAAUAACACAUCGAUUGUUCAAGAUGAAGUGCUUUCCCACAGGUUGGGUCUCAUUCCAAUCAAGGUUGAUCCGAGAUGGUUUGAAUAUGCAGAGAAUAAUACACCAAAUGAGAAGAACACAAUUGUUUUUAAACUCCACGUUCGUUGUGCAAAAGACACGCCCCGUACUUCAGUAAAGUCAAAUGAAUUGAAGUGGUUACCCCAUGGAAGUGAGUUUCCUUUGAUCUCAGAAGAUUCAAAGUCUGGUUCAUCAUCAAAACCAAGAACAUACACAUCAUUCUCUUGCAGCCAGGAUUCUUUUCCAGAGUUUUCCAACAAACCAAUCACCACUAUGGAAAAUAUUAUUUUAUCCAAGUUGGGCCCUGGUCAGGAAAUUGAAUUAGAAGCACACGCCGUUAAAGGCGUCGGUAAAACUCAUGCUAAGUGGUCCCCUGUUGCUACUGCUUGGUAUAGGAUGCUUCCUGAGAUUGUAUUAUUACAAAAUGUUGAAGACGAGGUAGCCGUGGAACUAAAAAAAAAGUGCCCUGUAAAUGUCUUUGAUAUCGAAGAUAUUGGCAACGGUAAGAAACGAGCUACGGUAGCACGCCCACGAGAUUGCACUCAUUGUAGGGAGUGCAUUGGAGGUGGCAAAGAAUGGGAGGACCGUGUAUCAUUACGCCGAGUUAAAAAUCAUUUCAUAUUUACUAUUGAAUCAACCGGAGCCUUACCUCCCGAAACGUUAUUCACGGAAGCGGUAAAGAUAUUGGAAGACAAAUGCGAACGAGUGAUCGCAGAGCUUUCAUAAUUCUGUUUUUUGUUCACUUGAUAGAGAAACAUGUUGUUUUAGAAUCUAUUUAUGUAAAAGCUACAGCUAAAGAAAAGAAGCCAUUCAUUCAGGCCAUUGUUGUCCUAUUUCAAGUCUUGGAAUUAUAAUUGUUAAUUCGGGUUUUGAUUUUCGGGGGCCAAAUUUAAUGAGAUUGUUGCAAGGGCACUGCUAGAGGGAGCUUAGAACGCAUUCAAGAACUACUCACUUGUAAGAUAUCGAUGUUGUUCGGGUUGUUGGUAGUUUUGAGAUUAGGGGGCCUAAUUCGGCGGUUGCUGCAGCUAUGGAGUUCGAUUCAUAUUUGGUGUUUUGACUUGCGAAAACAUUGAAUUAGGCGUUAAACCGAGCUGGUGUUUGGUAGCAGCUAUUAAGAUGGCGCCACUGUUCGAGCCAAGAACAAAGUUUUUUCUGUAGUUCAAAGGGUCAGAUAAAGUUCAAGAUUUUAGGCACCUAAUUAGUAAUGGCUUGCUAUAGUUUCAUGGGAGCUAAAAGAUACUCCUUCCAAGAUGAGAUUUGCAAGGGUUUCUACAUUAAAUUUGUUUGAAUUUCAUUGUUGAAUAUAUGUUACACAUUGCAUUACAUAAGACCCUUUUCAAUUAG